AUGAUCCCCGACGGAACAGCGAAGCUGUUCCACAGGUUCGGCCUCCAAACUACUACCAGCCUUCCGUUCCCUCAACUCGGCGUCCAGGUGCUUGCGGACGACAAGGGGUGGACUCCUAAGUUUGAACCAGCCCAGAUCGUCGCCCUUUUGGUAUGGCACCACCACGGCCACGGCAAGGUUCCUCCACAGGUCCCCGGCCCGCGGUAUCCCGCCGGCACGCGCCUUCCCCCGCCGCUGCAAGCUCGCCCCAGAACUCGCCGAACUGCGCCGUCGUCGCCGCCGUUGAUAGUGUUCCAGGUCUGGGUCACGAACUUCUCCAUCGGGCUGAACAGCGCGAGCACUUCAGCCUUCUUGUGCGCCGGCACGCCAUUGUCGCAGGCUGCGUCCAUCUCAGUCGCCUGCUCGCUGGCAGUGGCCGCCAUCUGA